AUGCUUUGUAAAUCUAAUUUAAAAGGUACAAAAUUAUCGGGAGCUGAAUUUAAUCGUAUAUCUGAAGGAACACCUCUUUAUAAAUUUCUUAAUAAUGAUUUAACUCACAAUGGUUUUACCUACAAACUCGGCCUUAAUGUCGAUACUAUUACAUUUAACCCAAAAGGUGAGUGUUCUGCAGGAGGUCUUUAUUUUUGUGCAGAAUAUGACUGUCAUCACUAUCUAAAUGAAUAUGGUAAUUUUGUUGCAAUAGUCGAAAUACCUGAUGACGCCCAAGUUUACAUUGAAGACCGCCAAUUUAAGGCUGAUCGAAUUGUACUUAAAAGUAUCAUUGAAAUCGAAAAUUUGCCACAACAAUUUUGGAUCGACAUUGUUAGAAAUUAUGGUCUAGCUUUACAAUUUAUAAAAGAACAAACAGAAGAAAUAUGUAAAAUAGCUGUUCAACAAAAUGGUCGGGCGUUAGAAUUUGUAAAAGAACAGACUAAAGAAAUAUGCGAAUUGGCAGUUCAACAAAAUGGUUUGGUUUUGCAAGUUGUAAAAGAACAAACAGAAGAAAUAUGCAAAUUAGCCGUUCAACAAAAUGUCAGGGCGUUGCAAUUUGUAAAUGAACAGACUGAAAAAUUAUGCAAAAUGGCAGUUCAACGAAAUGUCCGGGCGUUAGAAUUUGUAAAAAAACAGACCAAAGAAAUAUGCGAAUUAGCAGUUCAACAAAAUGGUUGGGCGUUAAAAUUUGUAAAAGAGCAAACAGAAGAAUUAUGCGAAUUAGCAGUUCAACAAAAUGGUCGGGCGUUAGAAUUUGUAAAAGAACAGACUAAAGAAUUAUGCGAAUUAGCGGUUCGACAAAAUGGCAGGGCUUUGCAAUUUGUAAAAGAACAGACAAAAGAAUUAUGCAAAUUAGCAGUUCGGCAAGACGGUCUGGCGUUGGAAUUUGUAAAAGAGCAAACAGAAGAAAUAUGUAAAUUGGCAGUUCAACAAAAUGGUGAAGCGUUACAUUAUGUAAAAGAACAAACCGAAGAACUAUGCAAAUUGGCAGUUCAGCAAAAUGGUCAGGCGUUGUUCUUUGUAAAAGAGCAAACAGAAGAAUUAUGCGAAUUGGCAGUUCGGCAAGAUGGCCAGGCGUUAGAAAUUGUAAAAGAACAAACAGAAGAAAUAUGCAAAUUGGCAGUUCAGCAAGAUGGUCUGGCGUUGGAAUUUGUAAAAAAACAAACUGAAGAACUAUGCGAAUUAGCGGUUAAACAAAAUGGUUUAGCUCUAAAAUAUGUGAAAGAUAAAACUAAAGAGAUAUGCGAUUUGGCAGUUAAACAAAAUGGUUGUGCAUCGGAAUAUGUAAAUAUGUAA